CAGAAAAAGCCUGUGUGUGUGGAUCAUUAAUCGAUUGAUCGAUCAAUUUGUGGACAAUUAGGUAGUUAACCUUGUGAAUAAAAAACAAUAUAAAAAAAUAUAGAAAAAAUGAAUCGAAUGUUUAUCAAUGUCCAACAAUCUAAAAUGAUUGGAUAUCGUUAUUUUUAUUCAUCUUCGUCAUUAUCAUUAUCAUUACAAAAACGACGAUUGUUUUCUACGAUUGUAAUGAAACAACAACCAAUAUUACCUGCUGAAUUUGUUGGCUGUAUCAAUACAACAACAACAACAACAAAAGCAAUAACAAAAACUACUACAGCUGUGAAUGGAAAAAUUUUGUACCGAAAACAAAAUGAAUGUAGCAACAAUAAUGGAGCAGGCGCUUUUUCAUUUUCUAAACUAAAAAAAGUGAAACUUUUACCGACUUCAAUGGCAACUAAUAAUGAACAUAAAGACAAUAAUAAUCAACCAGUUCGAGAGCAAUCAAAUUUAGAAUCAUCAUCAUCAUUGAAUUCGAACGAAUCGAGCAAGAAAUAUCAUUGGAAUUCGUUGUCCGCUUGUUCAAUGUUUACCACUUAUGAUCAUAGUAAUGAAACUAAAAAACAAUCUAAAAAGUCAUUGACAUUGACAAAAAUAAUAAACAAUCAAUUUUUAUCACCAUUAUCAUUGGAAAAUAAUAAAACAACAGUGGCUCAUAAUAAUUAUUUUUUAUUUCAAAAAUCCGGUAUUGAAAAUAGAAAUAUUCUUAAUAAUAAUGAACGAUUAUAUCGUUUUAUAUUGCCAAAUAUUUCACAAUGUUUUCGAAAAAUGUGUACAUUAUCAUCAUCAUCAUCAUCAUCAUCAUCUUCAGUUACCAUCGCUUCAAAUCGAAAUAUUUGUGAACGUAAAUAUCCAUCAUUUGUGAAAAUAGUUGAAGUUGGUCCACGAGAUGGCCUACAAAAUGAAAAGGAAUAUGUACCAGCCGAAACCAAAAUCAAAUUCAUUAAAUUAUUAUCGGAAAGUGGUUUGAAUGUAGUUGAAGCAACAGCAUUUGUAUCACCUAAAUGGGUACCACAAAUGAAAGAUCAUAAAACCGUAUUCAAAGCAUUGACCAAUUUAUCUAAUGAUGAUAUUCAAACAAAUAAUAAUAAUAAUAAUAAUUCGAAUGAUAAUUCAAUUAUACAUUAUCCGGUAUUUGUACCAAAUCUUAAAGGUUUAAAAGAUGCAAUGGAAGUUGGUGUUAAAGAGAUUGCCGUUUUUACAACCGUUUCGGAAACAUUUUGUAUGAAAAAUGUUAAUUGUACUAUUGAUGAAAGUUUACUUCGAAUACAAGAAAUACUCAAUUUAGCUCUUAAAAAUAAUAUUAAAGUUCGAGGAUAUAUUUCCUGUUGUCUUGGUUGUCCAUAUGAAGGUUUUAUUGCACCACAAAAAACUGCUCAAUUAGCACAUAAACUUUAUGAAAUGGGUUGUUAUGAAAUAUCAUUAGGCGAUACGAUUGGUAUCGGUACACCAGAUAAAAUGAGUGAUUUGAUUGAAGAAACAACAAAAUAUGUACCUGUUGAUGUAAUUGCUGUACAUUGUCAUGAUACAUAUGGUCAAGCUUUGGUCAAUAUAUUAACAGCAUUAGAAAUGGGUAUAGCUAUUGUUGAUUCAUCGGUUGCUGGUUUAGGUGGUUGUCCAUUUGCAAAAGGUGCUACCGGUAAUGUUGCCACUGAAGAUGUUGUCUAUUUAUUACAUGGUAUUGGUAUCAAAACGGGAAUCGAUAUAAUGAAAUUAAUAGAAGCUGGUAAUUUUAUUUGUCAUGCUUUAAAACGUGAAACAUCAUCAAAAGUUGGUCGAGCAUUAAUGGCAAAAUUAUCGCCAUAGAGAAAAAGUAAAAAUUAAUCCUUUCAACAUUGUUUUUAUAUUUGUUAUUAAAAGCUAUUUAUUUUGAUUUGAAACAAUG